AUGAUCAAUGGCGAACCGUCAUCAAAGGAAACUACACAUAAAGGAUUUAAUAUGUUAGCAGAAAUUAAGGAUAAAGCUAAACGAGAUCAGCUAAAGCGGCUUAUUGCUAUGCUGAACGAUCGUAUGCACGACGACGCUAAAGAUCAAGACCAUGAUGAUGAGGUCUAUGAUAAACGCGUGGAUCAUGAGUGGGACGAUGGCAAGGGCGAUGAGUAUCGUGAAGAGCAUGAUGACAAGCAUCCAAUGGAAGAUCUACAUGAGGAUGAAGACCGUCAUCAUAAGAAAAAAGAGCGCCUAGAAGAUGAUGUUGAUGCAGACAGAGACGACCACGAAGAAGAUGAAGAGUAUGACAUUAAGUCGGAUCUCAAAGAUUUUUUAGGUGGUCAUGUAGAGCCAGAAGAAAUUGCGUCUAAAAAAGCUAAAGUCAUGUACAUGGAGACUGGAAAGCCUAGAUCUGGCGAAGAAGCGCCUCGUAAAAAAAGAGGUAGAAAAAAACGAAAAGCGGGAAUGUAG